GUAUUUCUGGGCGGCCGCACGGCGCUGCGCGUGGAGUUUGGCCAGUUUGUUUCUUCGCCAUGAGUUCGGCGCCGCCCGUCUUCAUCAGCUCUGCGGAGGUGGAGCGGCUGCUGCCCCGUGCCAGCCUGCUGCUGCCGGGACUGGAGGCCGCGCUGCGCAACUUCUCGGCGGGCGCGGCGGGCGGGGUGGAGCAGCCGCUGCGAGCCGUGGUGCCUGUGCGGCCACAUGGGGGGUUCCUGGGGGUAAUGCCCGCAUACAGCGCCGCGGACGACGCGCUGACUACCAAGCUGGUGACGUUCUAUGAGCGCUGCGGGGACUCCGCCGCGCCGUCCCAUCAGGCCACCGUUCUGCUCUUCGACCCCCGCUGCGGCUCCCUGCGAGCGGUCCUGGACGGCUCUGUCAUCACGGCGAGGCGCACAGCAGCGGUUUCUGCCAUAGCUACCAAGCUGCUGAUGCCGAGGUCUGCAGAAGUGCUGUGCAUUCUGGGAGCCGGUGUCCAAGCGCGCAGCCACUACGAGAUCCUCACGGAGCUGUUCCCGUUCACGGAGGUCCGGCUGUGGAAUCGCAGCGAGCAGCGCGCGGUGAGGCUGGCGAGCGCCUUAGGCGGCGCGGUGCGGGUCUGCGGCACGGCCCGGGAGGCGGUGGUUGGGGCCGAUGUGAUCGUGACGGUCACCAUGGCGACGACGCCCGUUCUGUUUGGAGAAUGGGUGAAGCCGGGAGCCCACGUCAACGCGGUCGGAGCAAGCAGGCCGGACUGGAGGGAGCUGGACGACGUGCUGAUGAAGAGCUCUGUUCUGGUUGUGGAUUCCAGAGAGGCAGCACUGACGGAGUCGGGCGAUGUCAUCUUGUCUGGGGCAGAGAUUUUUGCUGAGCUGGGGGAGGUGCUGAAGGGUACAAAACCAGCGCUGCCUGAGAAAACCACAGUCUUCAAGUCUCUGGGGAUGGCCGUUGAAGAUACCGUAGCUGCAAAGUUUGUAUACGAUGCAUGGUCAGCUGGAAAAUGAAGCGAGAGCUCUGCAGUGCCAACAAGGUCAUGAAGCACCAGCAGAUCACUUGCACUUGGUUCCCUUGCAUUUCUGGUUAACAAGAUGGGCAGCAACCCCACCUGAAUGCAGCUUUCAAGCAUGAAAACUAAUACUUCACGGGACUUUCUGCUGUUUUCUAUAGCUGUUAGGUACCUUCAGCAUUGCUAGCAAACAUCUCGCACACAGUGUGUGGAUGAUGGCAGCACUUACACUAACAUGGUGUUCUUACAUGCUUUGCUAUGCCCUUCCUCGUUAUUUUUGGUGUGGCAGUCCAGGGUAGAUCUCAUGCUUUGAGCAGGCUCAUUCCCACUGGGGUAGCAGGCAGUUUGGAGACUGGAGUUCCACGUGUGGAGCUGUGAUGGUCGUAGUGCAGUGCUGGCUGUGAGCGGCUCCUCAGCCCUUCCAGGGCGCAGAGCCAGUCUGUUCUGCUGGGAUCAGCCCCCAGCAGUGCCCCAUUUCCUGCCCCAAACCUCACUGGUUUUCAUUUAGGAGCACAUUCCCCAGCAGGAUCUGUGUGCAAAGCCGUGCCUUCCCUGCAGGCAGGCUUUGUUGUAGGAGACCUGGUUCAGACAGGCUGAAACUGUACUGAAUCCCUCCCUUGCUGCUUUUCUGCCUGUGGUUUUGCCUUUUUUGUGUUGGAGGGACUCGCCCGAAAUGUCAGUGCUGAAAAUGUGCUUUGAUUUAAUGUUUCCUCAUGCUGGGAGGUUUCCUUAGUCGCCUAUGGUGUAUGCAAGCUGUUCUCAAAGCGUAUUGGUGGCUGGAACAGCACCGGCUGAUUUUGGCCAGUGGAACUUGGAGUGCACAGGGAAAUGGAUUCCACCUGGCUGAGUUGCCUGUUGGUAGCAGUGCUCGUCCCCACGGGUCUGUGCUGGGGCAGAAUGUCUGUGGUCCUCCCUUGCAGCAGAGCCAGGAAUGCUCUGCAGAAGGAGGGAAUCCCAUUCUGUGCCGUUACGCAAUGGCUGCACGGAAGGCUGGGUGGUGGCUGAGAGCAGCCUGGCUGUGCAUGCAGCCUGUGUCUGGAAGCUUCAUUUCAGCUGCCCUUGCACCUUCUUGCGGCCGGUCUGCCUCCUGUGCCUGGGGAGGAGCGGGUGUGGGGGGAAGGAGGCUGUGAAGCCCUGCGUGUGGGAACCUGGUUGGCAAAUAGGUACGUGUGGAAGGGGUUAAUGAGGACAGUGUCAGCUCAGAACAGUGAGGCAGGGCAGUGGGAAGGCAGGGAGCAGCAGUGUGCAUGGGUGCAGUUUAGCACAUGGGCGAGGUUUAGCACUGUGCGGGGGGCGGGGAUGGGAGGGGGAUGUGUUUUGUGUAGGUAAAGGUGGGACUGGACUGCUUUUGCUGCUGUCAGCAGAAAUGAGGGCAGACAUUCCUCCCCCCAGCUCUGCGUGUGUUAAUGACAGCAGCGUCACCCCGGUGUUUUUAGUGCUUUUUGCUUUGUAUCAUUUGUGAAGUGCUGAGAAAUGUGUCUGGGCUGCGGCUAUUACUGCAGAGCUGGGGAAUGUGGGGGGCUGUGGCAGCCGGGGCCACAGCAGUGCAUCGUGUGAGCCCCAGGUCCGUGCAGGGCAGCGCUGGGGGGUGGCUGCAGCGUGCUGCUGGUGGUGGUGCCCAGUCCAUUACGGCCACCUCAGAGAAGCUGGUGGUGCAGAGCAGCGCUCACAGCGACUGUUGGCAAUGGGAGCUGCUGUGAGCCCAAACUGAAACCACUGGGCUUCCCGUGGCCCCAGGGGGGAGCUGGGCUGCUCAGCACAGUGGGGCCACUUGGGUGCCAUCUCCAGGUCUUCAGAGAGCGAAGAUCAGGCCUCGCUGCUCUGCUUCCUUCUCUUACAGAUUGAGAGUCUCAAGAUUUGUUGUAACUCUCGUCUAUGUUAAAAUUAAAUAGCUCCUGUUCGA